AUGGCCGAAACUGGGCGGAUGAUUUCGCCCUCAUGCGCUUACGUGAAGGUUGGACUGUGGCUCUCUCAAGCUAAGGUGCGCCAGACAGCACCCGGGCCAGGUGCUGUCUCCUCGUUCCUUCUUUCCCUCCUCCUCUCAUCUCCAUGCUCCCCACCCCCCACUGGGAUCCACGUGCGCCAUGGCGGAGAGCAUGCUGAGGAGGGCCAGCGGCCACACCGCCGGAUGGCAAUUCUGCUCGUCAUCUCUUUCUCUUGUCCCCUGCCCUCGUCCAUGCUCCCCCUCUCUCCCCAGCAGGGGUCCACGUGCGCCAUGGCGGAGAGCAUGCUGAGGGCCAGCGGCCACACCACGGGGCUCUUCACCUCGCCUCACCUCGUGGACGUCCGAGAGCGCUUCCGCCUCAAUGGCUCAAUCGACAUCCGAGAGCACUUCUUGCCUCACCUCGUGGACGUCCGAGAGCACUUCUUGCCUCACCUCGUGGACGUCCGAGAGCACUUCUUGCCUCACCUCGUGGACGUCCGAGAGCACUUCUUGCCUCACCUCGUGGACGUCCGAGAGCACUUCUUGCCUCACCUCGUGGACGUCCGAGAGCACUUCUUGCCUCACCUCGUGGACGUCCGAGAGCACUUCUUGCCUCACCUCGUGGACGUCCGAGAGCACUUCUUGCCUCACCUCGUGGACGUCCGAGAGCACUUCUUGCCUCACCUCGUGGACGUCCGAGAGCACUUCUUGCCUCACCUCGUGGACGUCCGAGAGCACUUCUUGCCUCACCUCGUGGACGUCCGAGAGCACUUCUUGCCUCACCUCGUGGACGUCCGAGAGCACUUCUUGCCUCACCUCGUGGACGUCCGAGAGCACUUCUUGCCUCACCUCGUGGACGUCCGAGAGCACUUCUUGCCUCACCUCGUGGACGUCCGAGAGCACUUCUUGCCUCACCUCGUGGACGUCCGAGAGCACUUCUUGCCUCACCUCGUGGACGUCCGAGAGCACUUCUUGCCUCACCUCGUGGACGUCCGAGAGCACUUCUUGCCUCACCUCGUGGACGUCCGAGAGCACUUCUUGCCUCACCUCGUGGACGUCCGAGAGCACUUCUUGCCUCACCUCGUGGACGUCCGAGAGCACUUCUUGCCUCACCUCGUGGACGUCCGAGAGCACUUCUUGCCUCACCUCGUGGACGUCCGAGAGCACUUCUUGCCUCACCUCGUGGACGUCCGAGAGCACUUCUUGCCUCACCUCGUGGACGUCCGAGAGCACUUCUUGCCUCACCUCGUGGACGUCCGAGAGCACUUCUUGCCUCACCUCGUGGACGUCCGAGAGCACUUCUUGCCUCACCUCGUGGACGUCCGAGAGCACUUCUUGCCUCACCUCGUGGACGUCCGAGAGCACUUCUUGCCUCACCUCGUGGACGUCCGAGAGCACUUCUUGCCUCACCUCGUGGACGUCCGAGAGCACUUCUUGCCUCACCUCGUGGACGUCCGAGAGCACUUCUUGCCUCACCUCGUGGACGUCCGAGAGCACUUCUUGCCUCACCUCGUGGACGUCCGAGAGCACUUCUUGCCUCACCUCGUGGACGUCCGAGAGCACUUCUUGCCUCACCUCGUGGACGUCCGAGAGCACUUCUUGCCUCACCUCGUGGACGUCCGAGAGCACUUCUUGCCUCACCUCGUGGACGUCCGAGAGCACUUCUUGCCUCACCUCGUGGACGUCCGAGAGCACUUCUUGCCUCACCUCGUGGACGUCCGAGAGCACUUCUUGCCUCACCUCGUGGACGUCCGAGAGCACUUCUUGCCUCACCUCGUGGACGUCCGAGAGCACUUCUUGCCUCACCUCGUGGACGUCCGAGAGCACUUCUUGCCUCACCUCGUGGACGUCCGAGAGCGCUUCCGCCUCAACAGAUCAGUGGUGCAGGGUGAGUGGGAGAUGGUGUCAGUGGAUACUUUUCUUCUUUCCCUGCCCGUCCCUGGCCAGGGUGGAGGGGCAGAUGGAGGGGCAGAUGAAGGGGCAGAUGGAGGGGCAGAUGAAGGGGCAGAUGGAGGGGCGGAUAAAGGGGCAGAUGGAGGGGAGGAUGAAGGGGCUGAUGGAGGGGCGGAUGAAGGGACAUAUGGACGAAUAAAUGGUGGGCGAGGAGGCAAGGAGAGGGUGAAGGAAUGGGCACAAGGAGCAGCAAGAGUGGGAUUAGUCGCAGAUACUGCAGCAGCAACAGAAUAA